AUGUCUGAAAGAAAGAGCAGUGACUGGAAUCUGAAGCUGAAGUCAGUGAUCAACUAUGAUGACAGCAGUGAUCGUGAAGAAGAUAAAGGAGAUUUGCCUGGACUUUCAUUGGAGAAGCUAAGCCUUAAAGUUCCCAAAAAGAAACUUCUUAUCCUUUGCCUAGGUGGGCUGCUGUGCCACAGGGUCUGCAUUAAGCGCGGUUCUGGUUAUGUUCAGACAAAGCGCAGACCAGAUGCUGCCUACGGAAGCUUUAAAGUUUACAAGAGGCCCUUCUGUGAUGAUUUUGUGAAAUUCUGUUUCGAAAGAUUCGAAGUGGGAAUUUGGUCUGCUGCUAGAGAAUGGUACCUGGAUAACGCUCUUGACUGUGUGAUGAGAGGUUUCAGGUCCAAGCUGUUAUUUGCUUGGGACCAAGAAGAAUGUACUGACUCAGGAUUCAAAACCUUGGAGAACAGAAACAAGCCUAUCUUCCUUAAGGAAUUCAAGAAGCUGUCUGCUCUUUCAUGGUGCAAGGGGCAGAAUACUUCCUUGACCACUUUGCUGAUUGAUAAUGACCCUUACAAGGCACUUCUAAAUCCUCCCCACACUGCGAUUUUUCCUACGGAAUAUAAGGUGGAUUGCGAAAAUGAUACUGCUUUAGGUCCAAAGGGUGAUCUUCUUGUCUACUUGGAAGGGCUGGCAGAUGCUGAUGAUGUUCCUUCCUAUGUGAAGAACCAUCCUUUUGGGAAGCCUGAAAUCACUCCCUUUCAUCCUGACUGGGAUUAUUACUCCAAGAUUGUUCGUCGUCAUAGCAAAGAAUCGGUUGCUGUCAACUGA